CUCACGCGCGUACGCACAAUGCUGCGUCCCCGUUUUCGUUGACCUUGAAACUAGAAUGAAGGAGUGUGUCGGUGAUCUAUAGUGAAAACCCCCGAAGUGGCUUAUAGUGGUACCGCGACCGAUCCUGAGGACGCGCGCCCCACGUGGGGAUACUCCACGUGGCCGUCUCUCGCUCUCUCUCUCUCGUAUGUGUGCACUUUGUUAUGUCAUUGGGUGAAAAGGGACAAUGGGACUCACAAAAUCAAAACACAAGAGAGAUGCCCAUUCGGGAAACAGUAACUACGGAUCCAAAUCAAAGGGUGUAGCCAGCCAACAGGUGGACGAGUACGAGGAUGUGGAAUUGAUGCUGCUGAGGAAGGCCAUCGUAAACGAUCCUAACACUUUCAUCCUAAACAAUCUCAUGAUGUGUAUCCAGUUCUUCGAGAAUUACGAGGAAGAUAUAGUUCAAAUUAAAGAGACUCUGGCAUUGUCCUACGAAAGCGAAUUAAAUAAGAUGCUACCAUCUCAAAAGCACGUUUUGUUGCCGGAUGUUCUUCAGGAGCAUAUCUCGCAUAACAUCGCCUUUACUUCAAAAAGACAAACCGGUGAUCUUAUCAUAGAACCGUUGCAACCCGUCCGCAUUUUUGUUGUGCACGACAAUAUCGAAAUUACAGAGCAACAUUAUCCAUCAGAGUAUAGUAGCUUGAACAAUGGGAUUACGUAUAAUAUGAUGGUACAACCAAGUGAGCACCCCGGAUACGUGCGGUUGCGACGUCUCGACGAAACGCCGUACGCGGGGAACUCCACCAAGGAAGAAGAUAUCAAUCCUUCUUCAAUGGCGGAUGACGACGAGAUAUACGAUGGCGACAGCGAGAGCAUUUAUGGCCGUUCGAACAUGACGCAUCAAAUCAGAAAGAGAGGUCUCCAGACCUCAUCAAUUUUCAAUGUCAGAUCUUUGCCCAAUCUACAUGACGACGAGACAAUAUACGAGGACCAAAUAUCCCUCUCCCGUAAAAAUAUUUAUGGAACCCGAUCCAAUCAUGACAUCAAAGCCGAGUCUGAUUGCGAGCACAUGUCCUCGACGGAGGAGAGAAGGUGUCAAGGCAAGGAAACGUGGUCGACGCAGGCCAGGAAAGGGAGUUACCAGCGUUAUCCCCGAUCCAGCGAGUUGAAAUCGGCGGGGCAGAAAGUCCGCAGGCCGGGAAGCAGCUCGAGUUCCGGCUACCGAUCCGGAGCUUGCGACAGCGAUAGCGACUGGAGUUACCAAACUCUGCCAAAACCUAAUGUGCAAGCUACUCGUAACGGGACCGAGACUGCUACGGACGCAACCACGAAGAUCUAUUCGAACGCGAGGAUUCCGACGCAGUGUUUCAAGAAGAUGAGGAUCACCAACGACGGCAAGAUCUACACGUUGCGACUGGAGCGAAAGGCGCAGAACAACAAACAGCUUCGCCUCAUGAUUGCCGACAGGCAAUACGACUGCGACGUCUUCUACACUAGUAGUGAAGUAUUCAUGAACUACUUUGUCGACCUCUUCGUAGACCAAUUGGCGAAGCCCCUGGGUUUUAAACCGGAAGAUCUGAAUCGCGUGGAGGAGUCGGUCAUUUACUGUGACAAGGUAAUUGACUCGCACAAUCCCAGGCUGCGCAGGAUCGAGUCCUACGAGAUCUCGCCGACGAUAUGGCUGCAAUGGCCGGAAUACGCACAGGAGUGGCUGGAUAGGCCGAGGAGCACCUGGCCCGAGUACAACGACAUCAACAAAGUGAAGGACUUUGGCUGCUACGUGGUGCCCGAGGACUCUCUACCGAGAAAGAGGAACCUUAUGCCGAGAGAACUGUCUUGGCGCCAUCGAGUCGCCAAGAAGAAUAUCCACCAGGAAAUCGAGUGGCAGCUGACGUUCCCAGCUGCGGAACGGUAUCUGGAGUGCUGCAUGACGCGCUCGCAAGUGCAAGUGUACCUGAUCGCGUUGAUGCUUCAUAAGACCUUUCUAAGACCAGUUCUGGACACGAUGUACGGCCUGACCACAUCUCACAUUAGAAAUAAGCUGUUCUGGUUGAUCGAGGAGAACGACCGACCCUCCAAGUGGCCCGACAAUCGGACCGGCGAGUGCCUGGUCAAGCUGCUGAACAGCCUCUAUCGCUGCAUCAGUCUGAACGAGCCAACUCUACCGGACUAUUUUCUUCGCGAUAAAAAUGUGUUUAAUAAAGUGCCCCCCGACUACCUGUUGCACAGCCAGAAGCAACUGAAGAGGAUAACCGAGAACCCCGUCAUGUAUGUGUUCCACGCGAUGGAGAAUAUCAAGCAUAGCAACAAGUUCUUCCCACGAUUAAACUUUACGAAGCUGUUCAACAUAUUGACGAAGCCGUGGAUGUCGGUGGUGAAUCCAGCCUUAGACAUGUACCGUUUGUCAUCGUCGAAGCUCGACGAGUCCUACAGAGAGGAGAUCUAUAACAAAUCCGGCGGAUUCUGGGACAAGAAUCGAAAAAAGAAUUCAAACUACAGUGCGCCAAUAACCGCGGGUUACAAAACGCUCAUCACCCCGCGCAAGGCCACGGAUUCUAUCGUCGAGAUCUCGGAACGGUGUGCCGAGUUGGAGGGUCUAAGGCUGGCCGCUCUGUUGGACUUCUUCAUCACGCACUUCAUUAAAAUGGCCGAGUGCUGUCAUAGGUAUCGGGCUUAUCAGCAGAAACAGGUUUAUCUUGAUCAAGCGGAUCGAUUGUCGAUUAUCCUAUCGGAGAUGACCAGGUACAAGGACGACGCUAAGGCUUAUCGCAAGAAGAUCUAUGAUCUGAGAAUGAAACCGACGAUGAAUUCAACGAGAUCGCAGAACGAGCCACCGGAAACGCCUAAGAGGAAUAUUCAAGAGCCUAUAUUCAGCGGCACCCUGAAAGAUCGUUUCACGCGACAAUUCGCUGAGAUGAUGAAGCUACCAAAGAACGAGCAAUCGCAAUCUAGUCAUGAAGAUCACACGAAUAAGGUCACGAAAACAGCUGUCCCCGAAAUACGAUUUACGAUUGAGGGAGACGCGCAAGCGGAUGCUGCGAGUGUGAUUAUCAGCGAGGACGAAAGUUCUUACACUUCGAGGAAGCCUAUAUCGAAGGAUCAGGGUGACUCGGGCGACUCGGCCUCGGGCACAGUACGGAAAGUGGUCUCUCUAGCGGACAAUCUAAACGAUACGACAUAUACAUGUGUUUAGGAAUAGGGCGUAGAUGAUCUGUGGAAAAAAGAAGCAAGAUACAAGACAAAUCUUUGUAUUCAAUGAUCACCCUCGAAGCAUAGUAUUUAUUGUUAUAUUUCGAGAGUGAUCGAUAAUUGAUUUAGUAAGUAAUCGAGGAAGACUGAGCGUGCGAUAAUCGUAUGCUUGCGAAUUGUCGAUAUUCGAUCAUCGCGUUAUGCAAAAGCGAACAUACAUGUAGUGAUUACACUACACACACACACACACACACACACAUGUAGUGAUUAGCAAUAGUUAAAAUAAUUUAUAAAAAUAGCUGCAGUCAGGUUCAGCCAACUAGCCAAGUUGCUUUUGUAAGAUAGCAAUGUCAUCGUAACGCACCGUCAGUGUACUUAGCUUAGUAGAUCGUGUUGCUGGAUUACGUGUUUCAAAAAAGAAUCUUUUAUUAAGAAAUAUUUCUAAUUUAAAGAAGAAAUCGAUUAAUUUUAUACCUCAUAACACACUUAUCAUUUGUCUUUUUGAACUUUAUACACUAAUCUAAUGAUUUCACUACUCUAUCUUUCAUUAUUUCGUUAU